AUGAGGGGACUGGGCGCGGCAGUGGUUGAGAGAGUGGGAGGGUUGAGGGGACUGGGAGCGGCAGUGGUUGAGGGGAGUGGGCGCGGCAGUGGUAGUGUUGCAGUUGGUGAGUGCUUGCUUAGGUUGAGGGGAGUGGGAGGGGAAAGGGAAGAUGUCGAGAGGGGGGAGUACGGAUUAGGACGUCUUAACUACGAUUGUAGUCCGCCAAUAUGUGACACCAGAUGUAGGGGCAAGCAGUCGACAUGUGAAUGUACAUGUUGUCUAAAGAAACGCUCUGCCUCCGUUCCAUCGCAAUCCACCUCAGCCGACAGUGUACAGCAUGUCAUUGUCGAGGAGAAUCAUUCCUUUGCUUACACUUACACGGAUGAGAACUCUACCUCUUCCCGCCUCAUUCCCAUCAUCAUCGUCCCCGUAGCCCUCAUCAUCCUCGUCAUCUGCGUCAUGGUCUACUUCCGUGUCCGGCCUUUCCACAGGGUGCGGUAUCUACUGCGCAGCUGA